AUGGCCGCAAAGCAGAACCGAAGGAACUUGUACCCGCGCCCGGUCUUGACCGCCUCCGUCGCGGCGAAGUCGUCCCCGUCAGGACGAGGCUGCAGGCUCGGGUGGAUAACGGCCAGCCCGACCGUGUGCCAGCACCUAUUCUCUAUUGUUGACGACACAACGCAGCAGCCGUCGGAUUUCGUGCAAGUUGUGAUUGCGCGGCUGCUAUCCGAGCCCGACGGGGACGACGCCAACGGUAGUAGCAGCAGGACCUCCUGGGGCUUUCAAGGCUGGGUUGGUUGGCUCCAGGGUCUACGGUCGGCGUACCGACGUCGCAUGGUCAAGAUGGCAACGGUGCUCGAAAGGGGUAAGCACGUUUCUACAGCGUCGACCACGAACGGCGGCGGCGAGGACAACAAGGUAGCAAUGUUUGAUGUCCGCUGGCCCAUGGGCGGCCUCAGAAAGUAG